AAAACGCUGUUUUUCAACACAGUCACCACCAUCAGCUGUGUAUUUUCACCUGUAAUGAACAAGAGCCUGCGUGCCAUGCUCGUACAAAUUGCACCAAUGGAGGUGAGCCAGUGCUGCUGUCACUGCUGCUGAAAUGUAGCACCUGCUGCCUCGCUGGGCCACAUCCGCUGUUGGAAUCCAGGAAUGUUCAUUGGGUGUCAAUGAAUGUCAGUAGGUGCCAUUUGCUGCAUGGAGGAAUUAAAUUCCACCCCUUGGCUUCAAAUGCCCUUCCAUGUCAGACGCCGUUCUGUCAGUCUGCCCCUCUGCUGCUGUCUGUCACGCGGCAACAGAAUCUCAUGGGAUAUUGGAAGGAAGGCUCAGCCCCCACUGCCGUCCCACCAGCAUCUGCCUGUGACACUGUGGGCUGACAUCAAAGCUUAGUAAGCACUACUUUCAGAGCAGCCCUUGUAAUGUUGUAAUUGUGUAAUCUUAUUUUUCCAUGUGUGAAUGAGACAAAAUUUCAUCUUCCUGUAAUCAUUGUAGUUCAGAUCUAGCCUUGGGAUUAUGACACGCUCAUCUUGUUGACUCUGAUUCUCCUGACUGCAAUCUGCAUUCAACUUCCAAAGCAGCUUUUGUUCUGUCUUGUUCUUAUUUUGUGUUUGCAAAUACAAGGUUUUUCUAAUGUAAGGUGAUCUGAUGGGUAAAGAUACAGAUUUCCAGCCCCAGGGUAGAACUGAAAUGAAGGAUGACUUAUUUUAAUCACUCCUGACUAAUUUAGCUAACUUCAAUUCUUUCUCUCCCCCUCUCCCUUGUUUUGGUGUUUUGUUGAAGUUGCUUCACAAAGUUGUCAAUUUCUUUCCACCAGGAAGAGUCUGCAAGGCUGUAAAUUUAGCUGUUUGUUCCAAAAAAAGAAAUGGUAUAAAUAACUAAACUUACACAGAAGUGGUCCUUGGAAUUCAGUUUCGUUUUUGAACAGCCUGGUGACAUACAGACUGAGCUUUUAGUAAUCCUUGUUGAUUUUAAGUGGCGCAUUUUGGUACUUCCUAUCUGGUCAGCACUGUACCUCAGUCAGAAACAUCUCAGUUCAUGUUUGUAACGUCCUCUUUCAGAUUUGCUGCCAUUCCUUACUCAAAGACUGCACACUUUUUCCAGUGGGAUCGCUUCUGUUUUAUAGGAAAACAAAAUGGGGAACUGAAUCACAUGUAUUCCAGUUAUUGCUCAGACAGCAGUGAAGAAAAAGUAUGGGAGACUGUUCCCUUAGAGCAGCUGUAGUCGGGGACUUACUGGCUAUGUUACAAUCCAGCUUUCUAACUCUGCUGGAAUUGUGUCAGCUCUUGAGCGCAUAGAAAUUGUCUUCCAAUGGAAAAAGUUGUUUUGUAACUGAUGAUAAUGAUGUAGCCAUCAAAUGAAAUCGCUUUGCAGAACUACAUGGAGUUCUGGUGAUUAGACUGUUACUCACACUUGUCAUCAUGUUGGCAGAAGGCAUCUUAACUAGGCUCAUAUAUAAAGAUAUCUGUCAUCAAGAUAAGCCUCACAAAUCUCAUGCAGCCAGAAAGGAUAAAGAGGGAAUCUGGAGAGAGAAACUUGUAGACAACCCAAAAAUUAAAGGAUCUGAUGAUGGACUUGAGAAUCUGGACAAGAUCUCUGCUGAAAGUAACAAAAUGGAAAACAAGAAUGGUCUUCAACAGAGAUCUGCAGCAGAUCCUGCAAAGAAUCAGACGGCAGCAGUUGGGAGAACCGUGUCACGAGCUUUGUGUGUCCCCGAAAGAGAACAAAGUAAUGAACAGGCGGAUUUGUGUCGAUCCUGGUCUUGCAACAGCUUUUAUCAGAACUACCCUGACUUACAUAUUGGGGGAGACCACGUGGGAGACCAUACCUGUGAUUCAGGUUGUGUUUUGGACCAUGUGUGUGAUGACCUUUCUGACGGCCCCGUUAUACUGUCUGUAGAUAUUCCUCUUGGUCAGUCUCCCCUGUGUGAGCAUCCUGAAAAGCCAGGUGUAAAUUUCCUGUCUGGAGACGAAGCUGGAGAAAUGAGCAUGAUGUUCUAUGAGGAGCCUCUUUCAAACUCUCAGCUCAACGACUAUAUGGAAGCAAAAGUGGCGGAGCUCUAUAAGCAGCUUUUUGAAGAAAUCUUGACCAGGUGUGGUUCUGUAAGAAACCUCCUCACUUGCAGCUUAGUAAGAAGUAAUGUGGAUCAGAUAAGCUCUCAGAUAUCCCAGGAGCAGAACAUAGAAACAUCAAAAGCCAGAGAAGUGCUCUUACAGUCUUUAGCUUUGUUUAGUUUGCGCAACACUACCAAUAGAAGUAGCUCUGAGUUCAGUACUCCAAAUUUGCAAAUAUCAAACCCAGCAGGUGUGAAAAAAUGCUGCAGGACGUGGCUUGCAUCGUGUCUGAACUGCUCAGCUGAAGAGAUGAAUACAGGUCACUUACCAAUGUUUCAUUCUAAGGAUUAGAUUGGAAAAUGAAAGCAUGUGGACACCACAGACUUAAUGGCUUAAGCCAUACUUUGUCUACGAUGAUCAUUAGCAGAGUAAAAACGUAAAGGUCACUGUUCUCUUUUUUCUCAUGCAGAAUUUGAAAUGCAUUCAUCUCUAAAAUUCUAUUUGAUUUCCCUGUAAAAAUGUGUAUGACCUCCUUGUAAGACUCUGUCUGUAUGAGUAAUGUACUCAUGUUUCAUUGGAUUUACUCCUGCAAAAGUAUUCAGUCAAGGCAGAAGUGCUGCUAAAACUUUUAUCUGAGAGACUGAUCCACCUAUCUCUACGUAAGAGUCCUUGCUGGACUUUGGAUUGUGCUGUAGAGCUGAAGCUCAAGUUUUGGGUAUUCAAGUACAAAUUUUGUUCUGCAAAGCUUGAUCGCAGUGGCUGGGAAAAGAUUUCUUUGGUUUGAAAAUCUUGUCAGCAGAUGGAGAUGCUCAGGACUGAAUUAUUUCGUGUCUGGAAUCAUACACAGGAAAUGUAUCAACAUGAAACAUCAAUCAAGACACUCAUUGCAUAUGUAUGUUGAUACUGCAUAGAUAGAGUGUGUCACAAAACAUCUAGGUGAGGUAGCUGAUCAAGAAUUUAAAAAUAUUUUCUGUAAAAAUGUUUUAAAUAAAUUUUACUUCUUUGAUGAAA